AUGGUCAUUACUAAAGCGAAUAUCAAACCUAGAGGGACACUUUCCUCAAAGACAUCAAAAUUGAAAAUCACAACACAAGGUAAGAAGGUUAUCUCUCCUAAAAAACUUAAUGAAGUUAAAUUACCUUCCCAUAAUAUAAAAUCUACUUCAGAACCUAGAACAAGAUUAGUUAAUGAAUGGACAGAAGUAACCAGGAAAAACUCUUUUUCUCCACGGAGUGAAUCUUGUGCAUUACAACAAAAUAGUUUUGAGUCAGUGAACCCAUUCACAGUCUUAAAUGUCGAUGACGGAACUCAAUGCCAAACUUCUGAUGAGCAAGCAAAAUCAGUAGCACCCAAACCGCCUCCAAUAUAUGUAAAAGCAGUAUAUCAUUUUGCACAGUUUUGCGACGAUCUCAUAAAAGAGGUAAAUGGAGCUCAUAGUCCCUUUCAAUGCAGGGUUAGUCAAAUAUUAAUAACUGUCAGAGGGAGCCAGGGAGGCCAUGAAUCACGAUCAGUCAAACUUUUGAGGAGUAAACGGAAGGGGAGAGAAGUGGAUGGUGGGCGAGGGGUGAGUAAGAAAAUAGAGGAGGUGAAUUACCAAGAGGAAGAAAGAGAAGAAAGAGUGUGUACAAGAGGACAAUGGAGAGCAGAAGUGGACCACGCUAAAGGGAAAUCUACUCGAGUAUUUGCAGCUGAAUAG